UGAAAAAAAAAAAAAAAAAAAAAACUUCCUCAGAAGGAAACACAUUCACUCAGAGAUUACGAUGAACGUGAUUUAAACAGGAGCUCAAAAUAUUUCCUCUAAUCUGGAGGAGUGUUUGAAUAAAAGUAGGAUGAAGGCUGAGCUCCACAGGAGAAGAGAAACACCGGCCGGGCUGUACGGUGGGGUACACAGAAGUACAUGUUAGUAUUUGUUAGUGUACUCCGUACUCUGUAGCUGUACACAGACUCAGGCAGGAUGAUCUUCCUGAUGGACCUCCAGGUGAUGCUCCUGGAUGUCGUCUACUUCAUCCUCCGUAACUCCCUGCGGGUCGUCCUGCGGCCGCGCACCAAGUCCAUCGAGGGCGAGCUGGUUCUGAUCACGGGGUCAGGAGGCGGCCUGGGUCGGGUCUUCGCACAGGAGUUCACCAAACAAGGGGCGGACGUGGUGCUGUGGGACAUCAACGGCGCUGCCAAUGAGCAGACGGCGGCGCUGGUGCGUGACAUGGGCGGUAAGGCGUUCGCGUACAGCGUGGACGUGACCCAGAGGGCGGACGUGUACCGCACCGCGGAGAUGGUGAGGAAAGACCUGGGCCGUGACGUCACCAUCCUGGUCAACAACGCCGGCGUGGUGGCGGGGAGGCGUCUGUUGGACUGUCCCGACGAAGUGGUGGAGAAGACCCUGAAGGUCAACUGCCACGCCCUCUUCUGGACAGUGAAGGCCUUCCUGCCUCAGAUGAAGGCCCAGAACCACGGCCACAUCGUGACCAUCGCCAGCGUCCUCGGACUCUUCAGCACAGCGUGUGUGGAGGAUUACUGCGCCAGUAAAUUUGCUGCUGUGGGUUUUCACGAGUCUCUGGCCCACGAGCUGCUGACCGAGGACCUGGACGGAGUGAAGACCACGCUCGUUUGUCCCUACAUCGUGGACACGGGGAUGUUUGAAGGCUGCAAGAUACGGAAGGAAGCUGAAAUGAUCCUGCCACCGCUGCAGCCCCAGUACUGCGUUGAACAGGCCAUGAACGCCAUCCUCAUCGACCAACCGCUGGUCUGCAUCCCACGGAUGACCUACAUCCCUUACCUCUCUAGAGCGUUGUUGCCGUGGGAAUCCAACAGUGUCGUGUAUCGUUUCCUGGGGUCGGACAAGUGCAUGUACCCUUUCAUCGAUACAAUGAAGAAACAGGUGUCGAACGGCCACGUCAAGGUGGAGUGAUCGGAGCGGACUCCGUCCAAUCAGAGAGGUUCAUGGUUAUUACAGUAAAAUAUGGUCAAGUACAGACGGGAUUUAACCCCAACAUAUGACUGGAAGUGACUAUAUAUUUUAUCUUUACCUCUGUAUCGUGAUAUGUAUUGUAUCGUGAGGUUAUU